GGCUAUCGAGGCUCAGCUGGCCUCCCAGCAGGUGGAGUCGCGGGCUCUGAGGCUCUAGUUCGGAAUCUUAGAGCUACCACCUCUGGAGUUUAGUUUUUGGAGCGGUGCCGGGGUUCGUGCUGGUGUCUAGCUUGAGGAAAGGGCGCAAGCCGCAAUUCCCCCUUUUCAUUCGGAGAAGAAAUUACAGCGGCUUGGACACCACUGCCGGAGAUAACACUGCUGCCAUUGCUUGUUCUGUUCCGGGUGCCUUAACCCCUGCCUUAGUCCUCUCCGGCGACGCACUUGACUGUGGCUUCACGAACUCAGGCGGGGUGGAAGAAAGGUUCGAUCCCGGGAGGUGUGAGGUGCAAAACGAGCUGAGCUGUGGGCGCCUGCCGGCACUAUCGCUAUCACCCCUCCUUUCUCUCUCUGCUCUUGCCGCCAGGGUACAGAGGCUGGCACCGCCCUGCGGAGCUGGGGGCCGGAGCCACCUCGCUUAGCCCCUAGCGGCGUCCCAGCGCCCUCAGCAUAGCGCGCCCCGCAGCCAGCUUCUUCCCAACAGAGACAUGGCUUUUGCCAACUUCCGCCGUAUUCUAAGGCUGUCCACCUUCGAGAAGAGAAAAUCCCGGGAGUAUGAGCAUGUCCGUCGGGAUCUCGACCCAAACGAAGUGUGGGAGAUAGUCGGGGAGUUGGGCGAUGGAGCCUUCGGUAAAGUUUACAAGGCCAAGAACAAGGAGACGGGUGCACUGGCUGCUGCCAAAGUUAUUGAAACCAAGAGUGAGGAGGAGCUGGAAGAUUACAUAGUGGAGAUAGAAAUCCUGGCUACAUGUAAUCACCCAUACAUAGUGAAGCUACUGGGUGCCUUCUACCAUGACGGGAAGCUGUGGAUUAUGAUUGAAUUUUGUCCUGGUGGAGCAGUGGAUGCCAUCAUGUUAGAGUUGGAUAGAGGACUCACAGAGCCUCAGAUUCAGGUAAUCUGCCGUCAGAUGUUAGAGGCCCUCGCCUACUUACAUAGUAAGAAGAUCAUUCACCGGGACCUGAAGGCUGGCAAUGUGCUGAUGACCUUGGAUGGAGACAUCAAGCUUGCUGACUUUGGUGUAUCUGCCAAGAAUCUGAAAACCUUGCAGAAACGAGAUUCCUUCAUAGGAACACCUUACUGGAUGGCUCCUGAGGUAGUGAUGUGUGAGACCAUGAAAGACACCCCUUAUGACUAUAAGGCUGAUAUAUGGUCCUUGGGCAUCACGCUCAUUGAGAUGGCGCAGAUAGAGCCUCCUCACCAUGAACUGAAUCCUAUGCGAGUCCUUUUGAAGAUUGCCAAAUCAGACCCUCCUACGCUCCUCACACCAUCCAAAUGGUCCUUGGACUUCCAGGACUUCCUGAAGACUGCUCUGGAUAAGAAUCCAGAAACCCGGCCCAGUGCUGCACAACUCUUAGAGCAUCCCUUUGUCAGCAAAAUCACCAGCAACAAAGCUCUUAGAGAGCUGGUAGCUGAAGCAAAGGCUGAAGUGAUGGAAGAAAUUGAAGACAACAGGGAGGAAGGAGAAGAUGAUGACUCAACAGAAACAGUGCCUCCUUCAGGGAGUCACACACGGGACUCUUCAGAAGUGAGUCAAUUGAGUUUUGAUGGAGAGAAGCCUCCAGAGUCAUCAACUGCUGACCGAGUGAUGCCCACAGAGCCCAAAGGCAACCUCAAUAAGCCCAGUGACAAGAUUUCGGAUGGGGAAAUCACUGCUAUCAAGGAAGAGGGUGUCAGCUCCAUUCAAACUAUAGGCAGUUCAGAAUUGCCUGGAAAUGAACGUAACAGAGUUGAAUCUGCAGACCCAGGGAAAUACCGUUUCAGUGCCCCACCAGGAUUCUUGGAUGCCAAAGUUUCAACCAUAGAGGAGAAACCUUUCUCUAAUCAUCAGAGCAAUGGCCUGGACAUUGCUACCAACACAAACAAUAAGGGAAGUCGAAGCCGGCCCUCGAGCAGCAUCCUGGAGAACUUAGUGGGUGAAAAAAUUGCCAAUGGGACUCUAGAGCCUCCUGUUCAAAUUCCCCUUUGUAAAUUCAAGAGAGACUCAGAUUGUGGGAGCCUUUCUGCCUCUGAGAGCAUGGAUUACAAUGUCUCACUCUCCACUGACUUGUCUCUGAACAGAGAAACAGGUUCAUUGUCUCUGAAGGAACCCAGGCUGCAUAAUAAAACCCUGAAGCGCACCCGGAAGUUUGUUGUGGAUGGCGUAGAAGUGAGCGUCACCACCUCCAAGAUCAUCAGUGAGGAUGAGAAGAAGGAUGAAGAGAUGAGAUUUCUCAGGCGCCAAGAGCUCCGAGAACUGCGUCUGAUCCAGAAGGAGGAGCACCGGAAUCAGACCCAGCUGGCUAACAAACACGAUCUGCAGCUGGAACAGAUGCACAGGCGCUUUGAGCAAGAGAUAAAUUCCAAGAAGAAAUUCUAUGAUACUGAGCUGGAAAACCUGGAACGGCAGCAGAAGCAGCAGGUUGAAAAGAUGGAGCAGGACCAUGCCUUCCGCCGUAGGGAGGAGGCAAAGAGAAUCCGGGCAGAGCAGGACCGGGAGUAUACCAAGUUUCAGGAGCAGCUCAAGAUGAAGAAGAAAGAGGUGAAGAAUGAGGUGGAGAAACUACCUCGACAGCAACGGAAAGAGAGCAUGAGGCAGAAGAUGGAGGAACAUACCCAGCAAAAACAGCUUUUGGACAAAGAGUUUGUGGCUAAACAGAAGGGAGACUUGGAGUUAGCUAUGAAAACGAUCACAGCUGAAAAUAGAAGGGAGAUCUGUGACAAAGAACGGGAAUGUCUGAAUAAGAAGCAAGAGCUUCUUCGAGACCGGGAAGCCUCCCUCUGGGAGCUUGAAGAGCAUCACUUACAAGAAAGACACCAGCUGGUCAAGCAACAGCUGAAGGACCAGUAUUUCCUCCAAAGGCACGAACUGCUUCGAAAGCAUGAGAAGGAGCGGGAACAGAUGCAGCGCUACAAUCAGCGAAUGAUAGAACAGCUGAAGAUCAGGCAGCAACAAGAGAAGGCCCGUCUCCCCAAGAUCCAGAGAAGUGAAGGGAAGACUCGAAUGGCCAUGUAUAAGAAGAGUCUCCAUAUCAAUGGUGGUGGGAGCGCCUCUGAGCAGCGGGAGAAGAUUAAGCAGUUUUCCCAACAAGAAGAAAAAAGACAGAAGGCUGAGCGACUACAGCAACAACAGAAACAUGAGUCACAGAUGAGAGACAUGAGUACCCAGUGCGAGAGCAAUAUGAGCGAGCUCCAGCAGCUCCAGAAUGAAAAGUGUCACCUCUUGGUAGAGCACGAAGCCCAAAAGUUGAAGGCCCUAGAUGAGAGCCAUAACCAGAACCUGAAGGACUGGCGGGAAAAACUUCGGCCACGGAAAAAGGCUCUGGAGGAUGACCUGAACCAGAAGAAACGGGAGCAGGAGAGGUUCUUCAAAAUAAGCGAAGAGGCUGAGAGUCCGAAUCCCAACUCACCAAACAAACCAGCCAAGUUUUUCCCAUAUGGCUCCUCAGAAGCUUCCUAAAGUACAACCGGUCUGAGGCAACAGGCUUCCAAAGGGCAAAAGGCCUCUUCACCCCUCUUGUUCUCUUUGGACAAGUAACUCAGGGCCUAAUACAUCUAGUGCUUCUAGAAUGUCAACCUAACUUUAGAACUCUGUACUAUGCUGCUUCAGCUGUGCUAAGAGUUGCCAUGGUUCCUGCUUUUUCUCUGUCAUAGCGUGGAUAAAUUUUUUUGUUUUGUGUUUUCCCCUUAUUCUGUACCACUCGUUGCCAUCUGACACCCAAAGCAUUUAUUUGCUUCUCCCUGAAGACCUCAAUCAUCUUCAUUUUGUGUAUUGGUGGGAUUGAAGGCCAAGAGCAGGGCCCAAUAAUGUGUGGAUUAGAAUUCCCUUCCUGUCGUCCAAGAGGUAAUACUUUUGUUCAUGGAUGGGAGUCUAAUUCUGCUUUUGGCUGGAGUAGUAGAUAUAAUGGGCCCCGUUGGACCUCUUUGAGCCCAGAAAUUGGUUCUUUGCUGUUGUAAUUCUAGGUGAUCUCUUUUUUUCACUCGUUCCAUCCUCUUUAUUCCACAUGUCCUGUGUUGGAAGAAGAGGCACCAAAAAGAAACUCCAUCUGUACCAGCCUUUUUGGAACUGAACAAAACCUAGGAUGAAGCAAGAGUGGAAUUUCUCUAGCUUGGUGUCUUUAUAAUGCUCCAUAAUUGAUUAUCCCAGAUUACUUUUCACUUUUCAAGUGGGUAGAGGGAGGGAGGGAGGGAGGGGAAAGGAUGCCAUUGCUCAUAUUCAGAAGGGAGAAGAGUCUACUUGAAUUUUUCACAACUGUUUUGUGCCAUUUUAAUUCUUUGUAUAUAUUGGCUUGUGCCAUUCAUAACAUAAGCUGGGAUUGCUGCUGUGAUUGGGCUGUUCUGAGCAACUUAGGCAGGAAGGUGUUGGAUAUGCCCGAGUGUGUCUGACUUCAGGUCAGCACAAAUUAUUUGCUGUCAAGACUAGAUUUUAGAUUGGUAAGGAACUAAGAAGAAAAAAGCUACCUGUUGGCAUUAUAGGGAGCAGGGGAAGAAAAAAGGAUGUGCUGUGUCACAGUGCAGUUUUCUUUUCAGGUACAUGUUAAGCCAGUAAAUGUUUCAUACUGUGAUGUCCUCCUGCUAGUGUCCCACCUGAAUGUGGGCAUGGGCAAGAUGCCAGACUUUCUUACUGUGCUAAUGCUUUGAUACCCCCACACUUGCCAGCUCAAAUGGCCAACAAUGCCCAACAGAAGCUGGCAAACUCUUGUCCUUCUUAUCUUCUUUAUGAGAAGAAAGUAGCAGGAGAAACUGAGGUAGAUGUGAAGCAUAGCUAAAGCUUCAGCUAGAAUAAUUUUAUGGCACCCAGUUCUGCUUCCAGUUAUUGGAGCCCCCUUCCUCUACUUGCUUUUUGCCUAUCACAUUGCUUUUUGAGCCACAAGACACUUUUAAAGAUGUAGCUUUGAAUCACAUAUGGAAUACCAAGAUGUCAAUAUAUCUUUUAAAUUGAUCCUAAGAUUCUGGUCAUCAGAGAAUUUAGUGCAAGUACCAGGAAAAAAAGGAGAGAGAGAGUAGCUAUAACUGUGUUUGAAUGAUUUCCCUCCUUUUUCUUACCAUCCUUUAAAUUUUCAGUCAAUACUGAAACAAAAUAAUUUGGGAGUUAAAUUCAUAGGAACUAUUUGGGCAUACUGUAGUCUGUCAUUCACAUUCUCCUGAAUAUCUGGUAAUAGAGAAGUCCACACGAUAUCCAGAGGACAGCUCUGUUUUGGCUCAGAUCAACACCAAAAAGUAUGCCUAACACUUUGCAUUUUAAAACCAACACUGGCAAUGGGGGUAGGGGGAGGAGAUGUCAAACCACCCCAUUUUUUUAUAGAGCCUUUUGGGCUAUUCACAUUUUUCUUAAUUUGUAAAGCAAAUAUCCAGUGGAUGCUUUGCAGGAAGACAUUAGUUUAAUUACAAUAUUCAUGCUCUAAGGUAAACAUUCAUUUCUUUCACAAUGGACCCAAAUAUGAUUAUUGGGCAUCAGUGAUAAAUGUGUUUAGAGUUCAGUCACUGCUUUGGGGGAAGACCUUCUAUCAUGCUCUAACAGCCAACAUCACUUGACCCUAUUUCAUUAGUGUCUAUAGUAAUUGCAUAGUUGUUAGAAAAAUUUUAAGGUGGCAGUAUGAAAAAUAAGAACAGAAAUCCACUUUGGCCAAAUGAUGCCAACUUCAAUGGAAUUUCAGGUCGAUCUGACUUGGUCCUUUGUUUAUAAUUUUUCAUUUUGUGAUUAUGAAUAUGUGUGGUGAAGCAAAAAGUAAAUUGUUGACUUACUUGAGUGAGAAGUCCUUCAUUUGGUUUUUCUUUUUUUUUUCUUUUUCUAAACGGGGUUACUUAGCUCCAGGAUUGCCCAUAUCCCCAAAUUUUUGUACCUGUCCUGUGUGCGCUGAUUAGCUCUCACAGAAUUAUGGUUGUACCAAUACACAGUUUUGAUGUCCGAGAAGACAGACGAGGACAGUACUGAAAAGUUUUUUUUAUAUACACAAAAACCCCAACUGAACAAUUUCCUUUUUUUUAAGGUCAUCUUUAUUCAAGUAAAUGAAACUAACUUAUAUUUUCUCUUUUUAAGAAAGAGAAGUUAUUUUUAUGCAUUUCCAAUACUUUAUUCAAGGCUGUUUUGUAAAGUGUUUUCCAUGGAAAAAUCAUGGUUUUGUAAAUAAGCUUCUAAUAAAGUAACCAGAUAAAAAAAC